AUGAGGACGACAAUAGCUUGUGAAAGGUGCAGAAGAUCCAAGGUCAAGUGCAGACACGACGGCCAGCCCCCUUGCGCCGGCUGUGCAAAAAGUGGUCAUGUCCGAACCUGCGCUCUGAGUGGGCCUAUCCUGGGUCAAAAGCCGUCGUCUGAUUCCAGGCCCCGAUCGGCAAAGAGACGCCGUCUUAGCCCGGGCAGUCCAGCAGAGGAGUCCAGCCGGGACAUCGGCCACGUCUUUAGUCAUGUCCCCCGGGAUCGCCUCAUAAAGGCUAUUACCAUCUUUCGAGCACAGUUUCCUGAAUUUGGGUUCAUACAUCCUGGAGACCUCGAGUACCAUGAGGGGGAACUUGGUGUCUUGCAGAAGUUACGGCUUUUGGCCAUCUUGGUCGUGUCGCACCGCUACAUGGACGAUGACCCGAUCGACGAACCAAACGUGUCCUACAUAACGAACGAGGCACAAAAGAGGAUGACCAAUGGCCCCAGCUUGGCCCUCAUCCAAACAUUUCUUAUUCUUUCCCUCUGCAACUGGGGCGACGGAGAUGGCUUCAAUGCCUGGAUGCACUCGGGCAUCGCCACCCGAAUGGCUCAGGGGCUUCUGAGUACCGGCUUCGCAGGAUGCAGCAAAGGCGAGACGCUGUCGGAGAUCGAGAAGAGGACUCUGUGGACUUGCUUCAAGAUGGACAAGUUACUCAGCUGCGGCAAGCGUCGACAGGCCAUGUUUCCUGACCAAGAUUUGCACUUUUCCUUGCCCAUCAACGACGCGCAGUUCUUAUUUGGAGCCCAGGCGACUCCAGCGCCAACACUAAGCCCUGGACAAACUGACUCGAGAAUCUAUGGACCCGACGAUUACCUCGUCCUUCUCAUUCAGGGUCUGCGGAUCUGGUCAAGAGUGCAUACGUGGAUAGCAGAGGGCGGCAGAAGACAACCUGGCAUGACGGAGCCAGCCGAGUGUCCCUGGAAUGAGACCUCCAAGUGGCAUCAGAUGAAGCAGGGCUUGAUAAAAUGGCGAGAGUCUCAAGAUGCCCUCAUCAGAUAUCCUGGGACCAAGGUGUCCAUGCAUGCUCAGCGGGGGCAAGCAGAGAGGUUUGGUUACAUCAACCUCAUUUACUACGUCAGUUUUCUAUUUCUCUGCCGCGAGUAUAUCCCAUUCUGCCCCGUCGACGAAGUAAAACCACGAGGUCCUAUAGAGCCACCGCUACUCAAAGCCCCAGGACCAGAAGCCUUCUGGUCACAGAACCUCAUCGAGCUAUACAACGCUGCAACACAAAUGUCCAACUUGCUAGGCGAUCUCGAACACGUCGGCUGCUCCCUCCGUACGCCCUUCUCAGGCUUGUGUGCCUUUUCCUCGACGCUGUGGAGUCUCUAUGCUGCCUCGUUCCCAAAGUUUAUGGGGUUUACGCAAGAGCAGACCAAGAAUGCUGAGGAACAAGCAGAGAGGACUAUGGCGUAUCUGGUCAGGAUUGGGCAGAUAUGGAAGCUUGCUGAUGAGUGGAUUGACGUGCUAAACACUGCCAAGAGCUUGUUUCAUCGUGUGACCAUGGAGGGCCAUGGGAGAACCGUCAAGAGGUCGAGAUACGAUUACCCAGAGCUGGAGGAGUCGAUACAUCUUGCGCCACUCAAAGGGAUGCCUCGACAGACGUUUGAUAGUAGCAGCCUAGUGUCAUCCUCUGUCAACCCCCCUAGCGAGAGGUCAACGCAGCAGACGACGAUGAACGAAGCAGGAGAGGAAGAAAACGCUGGGGGUGGGAUUGCUUUUCAAGAUGACUUGGCACACGGCAACGACUUCCUCGGCGAGGAUUGGUGGAGGCUUCUAUCUUUCUACGAUGACCCUCAUCUGUUAUCGACAAGUAUUGACAAUAUUGGAGAUGCAAAUGCAGACUAG